UUGUGCACAAUUCCAGUAGCUUAAGUGCUGUAAGCACAGCCACAAAUCUCGAAUAAAUGCGAAAAAAAUUUGAUUCAGGCGUAAGAGGAUAAAGAGGAUAUACAAAUAUGAAAAAUCUCAUUUUUUUGUUCUGCUGCAGCAUACUCCUGCAUGCCAUCAGCACCUCCACGACAAGUGCCGCUGCUGUCAUACCGGCGACACCCACAUACACAGUCGCUGUAAUACCCGUCGUCACGGCGCAUAGCCAUCAAGUGGUCGCGCGCAACUACAAUCGACUCUACGUGCCCGCUGGCUAUGUACCCACAAGUUAUGUACCAGCUAUAAGUCCCACCACCCCCUUGGCCACCUACCCCUAUCCAACAAGCUACGGUUACGGUUACGGUUAUUACCCGAGUUACGGCUACAGCUAUGGAUAUGGUACCCCUGUGCCGACGGCCUUGUGGCGAUGAUGUGUUAACGCUAAUAUGCACAAAGCCUAAGCGAAUAUGUUUGUGUAACGGUAUAGUAGGUGCAAGAGUGUGUCCGCGUGUAGCUGAAGAGUGGUUUUGCCAGGAUACGCGCUGCUGAGUUGAUGAGUUUGUUUAACGUAAUGGUGAAGCCCAUUGCUAUGUACUUUUAUCUGCAAUAUUUUCCGAACUUGGGUUGAGCGACUGGAUGGCUGGCUUAUGCAUAAGUAAUUCAUACAAUAAGUUUUAAUGUUACGAGGUGAGAGUGGUUUUGUGUUGCAUGUUUAAAAUUGUCUGCAGGAGGCAAGUGAAUAAUGAAAAUACUGUAUAUAAUAUUAUAUUUCGUAUAAUAUUUUGCGUUCGAAUAAAAAAUUCCACAUAAAAUAGAAAA